AUGAAGGUAGAAGAUCCAGAGUUGACAGAAAUCACUCUUGAGGACAGGGUGCUAGAGGUAGUCCAUGGGACAUAUUACCGCCAUUGGCCUAGCAUCAGGGAGCAGGGUCUGAGUCGCAUGAAUAGGACGCACAUUCAUUUUGCCCCAGGUUUACCAGGCGACUCAUCUGUCAUAAGUGGCAUGCGCUCUUCUUGCCAGCUGUACAUCUGGAUCAAUUUGCCCAAGGCACUGGAGGAUGGUUUUAAAUUCUACAAGUCUGCAAACAAUGUGAUAUUGUGUCCGGGUAAUGAAGAGGGAUUUUUGCCUCCAAAGUACUUUGCAAAAGCUGUAGACAAGAGAACAGGUGGAGACUGUCUUUAA